CAUCAACCUUUGAAGAUCUUCUACGCGAAGUAACUUCCUAGGUAACCCACCUUUGCGCCUUCAAGUAUUUUCAGGAGGUGUCUAAUUAUUAGCACGCGCGUCUCAACAUCAACAUCGUCGUCGGACCCCUAAAAUCCCUACACCACUCCCCGUUAUACUGUAGUAUUAUCUCGCUCCUCGAAUUAUGGCGUACAAUCCCUAUGGCGGAAUGCCUGGCUUCGGCCCGCCUCCGUCUUACAAUUCAUAUCCUGGUGCCGCCGCUCCAGGACUCCCGUCUGCUCCUGGUCUAGGACCUCCUCCAGGCAUGUCUGCCCCAGGAACGGCGCCGCCUGGCGUUCAGCAGCACAACAUCAAUCAAGCUAAUCGACCUAGCGGUCUACCAUCCAACUUUCAAGCCCCCCCGAAUAUGCCCAAUAUUAAUUUCAACGCCCCCGUUAUCCGCCUCGGUACGAGCUCCACGAAACCGGCAACCCCAGGAAUGCCGGGUCGCAAAGACAGCGAGAACCAGUCUUCGUCUGGACCAAGGGCCGGCAUAGGUAUGGAUCGCGGCCUGGACCAGACUCGACAGGCCCUGCGUGAGAAUAUGCAAGCAUUGGUCCCUCCCACUAGAGAGGAGAUUAUACGAACCGUUUUCGUGAGCGGCAUAACAGACGGUAUUAGCGGAAACGAAGGUAUCGAGAAAAUACUAGGUGCUGCUGGUAAAGUGCGCCGCUGGGACCGAGCUACUGACUCUAGUGGCAAGGAGGUGGCCUUCGGUUUUGCUCAAUUUGAAGAUAACGAGUCGCUAUGGAUCGCCUCUGAGGUUCUGAAAGACAUUCAGAUACCCAUAAAAAAACAAGUAUCAUCAGAUGAACCCGCCGGCGACGACGAGACCUACGCCGAGUUCGAGAAAGCGGCCCUUCAGAUUCGGUUCGAUGAGAAUUCGUCCAAGUACUUGGAGGCUUAUAAAGAAAGCAGACCUGAUGAUUCAGGUGCCGAGGCAAGAUGUGAAGCUGCCAGAGGUGCGUUGAAGCAGACCAUAAAAAAUCUCUUUUAUCCUACAUCGCGAUCUGGAGCAGACGCAGAUGGGGAUGUCACCAUGGGUGAUAGUUCUGCGCAGAAUGGAGAGAACGUUGAGGUGGUUAAUAUCCCCUUGGCACAGGAGGACGAGCUAGCCGACAUUCCGGCUGAGAUGCGCGAAACCGUUGCUGCCGAAAUCGCCGCAUUUAGAGAACGAAGUAUUAAACGCGAUUUGGAACGUUUGAAGAGAGAGGAAGAGCUCGAGGCAAUGGAACGCCAGCGUAAUGGCGCAUCGCGACCCUCCCGACUAUCGUCACCUCCCCCCUCUAGUGCGAAUAACAUUCCGUUAGGACCACGCGGUAUGCCUAAUGCGCCUUCUGGGCCCAAGGGUCAGAAAUCUGACCUGGGCAAGGAUUACAAUAGAUCAAUCAAUUUCGUCAACGGUGGUACAACAAAUGGGGGUCUAUCUUAUAACAGAGAGGAUGAGAAUGACUCUGCUAGCGACGACGAGCUAGAGAAGCGACGAAUUGCGAAACAGAAUGCAGAGACAGAAAAACUCUACCUGGAUGCCGAACGUCGAUGGCUAAAUCGAGAGAAAUCUCGUACAGCCGCACUUGAGCGAGAGAAGGAACGCGAUGAGUCUGAUGCGAAGGACUUUGCCAAGAACCGGGACAAGAUUUUACAACGACUCAAGCAUUUCGACGACGACGCAGAAGCUUCCCGAAAAACUGAGGACUAUUACAAAGACAGAAGUGCAUGGAUCAGAAACCGUACGGCUUUCAGAGCUAGAGAAAUUGCAGCCGACGAUGCCGAUCGACAAGCCGAAGAUCAGGAGCGUAUUAAGGAGGAAGCAGAGCGUGAGCAAGCCAGGGGCAUGGCUGACUCAUUUCUUGAGAGACAAGCUCAGGAGAUGGAACAGCGACAAGUUAACCGAGCUGGUGUCGCUGCGCCGCAGCCCUUCAAGCUAUCUCUUGGCGCCGCCGCGCAAAAGGCACAAGCACAACGUGCAGCUCCCCAAAGAAAAACUAUCGCCGAAGUUGAAGGUCUACUUGAGGACGAAGACGAGGAUGCGACUUCUAGACGCCAGCUUAUUCCUAUCCAAUUUGAGCCUGCUGCUGCUGCGGCUAUGUCCGACGAAGAGCGUGACCAGGCCGUGCGUGCAUUGGCUCAGGAAAUUCCCAACGAAAAGGAAGGACUCUGGGAAUGGGAUGUUAAGUGGGAUUACUUGGAUGAAGGCGUCAUCCGGGAGAAGCUCAGACCUUUUGUUGAAAAGAAAUUGGUAGAGUAUCUCGGUGUCCAAGAACAGCUAUUGAUCGAGGUAGUUGAAGAGCACCUAAGGAAGCAUGCUAAACCUGGUGAGCUAGUCGAGGAACUAGCAGAGGCUCUCGAUGACGAAGCUGAGGCUCUUGUGAAGAAGCUUUGGCGAAUGGUUAUCUUCUUCACCGAAAGUGAGAAACGUGGUCUUUCUGCGUGAGGUGGAUGUUUCAGGGUUUCAUUGAUGCUUCGACCUCUUAACAUAUCAAUUAAUUUUCGUGUAGCUACAUAGCACAACACAGGGCUUUGAGAUACUGGGGAGUUGAGGUUUACGAGGGUUGGUCUUUGCAAUUGAGGACGACGGUCUCAUAGGAGUACCUAGUGAGUUAUAUCAUUCAUGCAAGAGAGGGCAUAAUGAAGAUCCUCUGUACAAUCCAUAAGCACAUGUGUGGAUAAUGACCUUUGGAGGGACAGCUCUUUGAUGCUGCAUCCUAAUCGCGGAAAUAAAAUGGUUGCGGGUCAUUGCUGUAAUGCAACAUCA